CAUGACCCGUUACAAAGGCAAAACUCACGACCGACUACUACUACUACUACUACUACUGACCGGAUUCACGCCUCGGCUGGAAAACUCCCUGGCCUUUACCGCCCAUCUGUAAAGUGCUCUUCUAUGUAGUCCUCACAAUGGCGGCAAGACCUCCAUUUACAUUCCCUGCCAUGUGUGCCUAAGUUCUCCUUCAGACACAUGAAGAGAACACUAAUUGCUUAGGCACGGAAUGACACGCCUCGGUUCUUCGUUAGCAGCAGCAAUGGGCAUGAUACAAGAAAGCUCCAUUGGGAACUCUACCACCACGCACAUAUCAAGACGACAAAUGCGGUUCUUGGUGGCUGUGUUGUUGGUGCUAGUGUUUGGUGCCUUGCUCACCGCACUCAAUAUAUACGAACUACAUCGGCUUACUAAAGAACACUGGACCACAGCACAUUCAGAAGGAGUAGCUGUGGCGGAGGCUCAUGGAGAAAGCCAUUAUGCCCGACCUGUGGCUUGGGUGCGAGGUUCUAAUAAAGGCUCAGGCUACCUCAUCCACGUUACCAAUGUGUUCCAGAGGCUAGGCUAUGAUCUGGCUGAAGGUGGGGAGGCCUGGGAUGUUCUGUGGUCCCACAACUACCCUUUCCGAGAGUUAAAAACGACCAUGGUUCAGUUAAAAACCCACCAGAGGGUCAAUCACUUCCCAGGGUCGGGGUUCAUAACAAACAAGGUUAAUUUAGCUGUCUCUGGCCUGCCACACAUCCCAAAAGCCUUUAGAAUGCCGGCAGAGAAAGCUGAACUCCUGGCUUAUGCCAAGAAAAAUCCAAAGAUGAUGUUUGUACAAAAGUCCAACAACCACCGAGGAAUUAAGAUUGAGAAAUUAGACGCCCUCGACCUUGGACAAGAUGGCUCCUUUGUUCAAGAGUUUGUCCAUAAUCCCUUGUUGGUGGAUGGCUACAAGUUUGACAUUGGAGUAUACACGAUUCUCACCUCCAUACACCCUCUCAGAGUAUACAUCUUUGAGGGAGAUGUUCUCUUCAGGUUUUGUACGGACAAGUACCAUCCGUUUGACGCGGAGGUGCAGGCCAAGUAUGUAGUUGGAGAUGACUACCUUCCAACAUGGAAAGUGCCCUCCCUUGUCACGUAUUACAAUGACUUAGGCUUUGGCAUGAAGAGAUCCUUUGAUGCCUGGCUGAGAGCACAGGACAAGAAUCCAAACCUGGUGUGGGAUUCAGUUCGAGAUACCAUCCGUAGAGUGUUUCAAGACAAAGAGACAGCGCUUAUACAGGCCACAUCUCAUUACCCAAGCUCAAAAAAUUUCUUUGAGAUGAUGCGCUUCGACUUUGUUAUAGACGACCAGUUACAGGUGCACCUUAUGGAAGCAAACAUGUCUCCUAACCUCUCCUCAGCUCACUUUAAACAGAACCGUCUGCUGUAUGAACAGGUUGUGUAUAAUUUGCUGUCUUUGGUGGGCAUUGGUCGUGCUGUUCACUCACCGAGUCUGUCCUCACGUUCAAAGGAUGAAGAAGAAAUGCAAGCAGCCAUUAAGGAUGUAGUAGUUUUUGCUGAUCACUGUGCUGUAAACUGCAAUAGUGGGGCCAGUGCCUGCAAUGAUCCUCAGUGCCAGUUAUGCUUGCCAUGUUUUUCAAAAGAGCAAAAGGAAAACUUUCUACAGGCUUACUUGGAGCAUCAGCACCGGGGCGAGUGCCGUCGUGUGGUACCACAACCCAUCCUUCCUGACCAGGCCCACAAGGCAGCUAACAUGGACAGACUCUCACCAGAAAACACUCUCAUGACAGAGUGGUUUCGUGGCAUGUGUCUCAAUGAUAAAACAUUUUGCACUUGAUUCCACCAAUAUAAUUAUUAAUAUUUAUACUCAUUUUUCAUGGAACAAAAGACACAUCACCUCUAAACUUAAAUUACUGAAGCAGACAAUGUUUCAUAAAAUCAAUUAAUUUACUUAUUUGUUUACUUAAGCAGAUCAUGUCAUGUAACUCAGUUGCUGACGCUUGAAAGAUAUUCUUGAAACCUAUGUCUUUGAUUUUAGUUUGUCUGAUAUAAAUACUGUCAGUCAUUUAGUUCAGAGAGGAAGUUUUGCCUUAUUCCAUGAAAACCAUGAGUCUUCAGAGUUUUUAAAAUGUUGAAACACUCCCACUUCACAUUUAGGUGUAAUUAUAUAUA